GAGAUGGGGCCGAGGUGGGAGGCGCGUGGGAGGAGAGGGCUGGCUUUGCCUCCGCUUCGCCCCGCAGCAGAGCGCUUCCUGGUCUCGUGGUCAGCCGCAGGUGGAAGGCACAGGGUCCCCGAGCCCCCUUCCCACAGCAGGCAGGCAGGCUUCCCUGCAAUAGUUAUGAACACUCGAUUACGAGCAUUGGGUGGGAGAAUAAAUAACAUUUGUGCAUCAGAACUACCAAAGGACCGUAUCCGAUCUGACAUAGUUUGCAAUGUCCACUUUCUGGAUGGUUCACUACAAAGCUUCAAAGUUAACAAACAAGAUAUUGGUCAGGUGUUGUUGGAUUUGACCUUUAAUCACAUGGGUGUGACAGAGAAGGAAUAUUUUGGUUUACAGCACUGUGAAGAGUCAGCUGUUUCACCAAGAUGGCUUGAAUCUGAUAAGCCUAUCCGGAAACAACUGAAAGGAGGUUCCCCCUGCAGUCUGUACUUCCGAGUAAGAUUUUUUAUGCCUGAUCCCAACACACUGCAGCAAGAAAAAAACAGACAUUUAAUCUUCUUGCAGUUGAAGGCUGAUAUUUUGGAAGGAAGGUUGUUAUGCCCUGUGAAUUCAGCUGUGGUACUUGCUUCAUAUGCAGUUCAGUCUCAGCUUGGAGACUAUAGUGCUUCCACCCAUCUUCCAGGAUAUCUUUCAGACUAUUGCUUUAUACCAGAACAAAAUAAAGAUUUUAUAACCAAAGUGGAAUCUUUGCAUGAACAGCACAGUGGCCUUAAACAAUCAGAAGCAGAGUCCUGCUACAUUAACAUAGCCAGAACGCUUGAAUUCUAUGGAGUGGAACUACACAGUGGUAGAGAUUUGCAUAAUCUUGAUCUUAUGAUUGGAAUUGCUUCAGGAGGCAUUGCUGUAUAUAGAAAACUCAUCUGUACAAGUUUCUAUCCAUGGGUGAAUAUAAUAAAAAUUUCUUUUAAACGAAAGAAAUUCUUUAUUCAGCAGCGGCAAAAACAUAGUGAAUCCAGGGAAUACAUUAUUGCCUUCAAUAUGUUGAACUACAGAGCAUGCAAAAACUUGUGGAAAUCUUGUGUAGAGCUUCACACAUUUUUCCAGGCAAAAAAGAUGCUACCUCAGGAAAAGAAAUUACAAUCCCAUUUUUGGACCAUGGGUUCUAGAACACCAACUAAAUCUAAUAAUCAGGGUUGCAGAAAAGUAAUAGGUGGCAUGAUUUGGAAUCCAUCUUUAAGGAGAUCGUUAUCUGUUGAACACCUAGAGACCAAAAGCCUUCCUUCACGAUCUCCUCCAGUUACGCCAAAUUGGAGAAGUCCUAGACUGCGUCAUGAGAUUCGCAAACCAAAGCAUUCAUCUGUAGAUAACCUUGCAAAUGAGAUUUCUUAUAUAACAGAAACGGAGGAUGUUUUUUACACCUAUAAGGAUUCCCCAGCUUCAAAAGACUCUGAUUCAGAAUUAUGUCAGAAUCUCCAGCAAAGGAAUAUAUUGGAAAACAAUUCAGCACAGAAGUCUUCACCUCAAACAAUCAAUGAAGUUAGCAGCCUUCAGGGGUCUUAUCCUUUGGGUGGAAAAGAUAAACAAUUUUCAGAAAGAAAUGAAAAUCUUGUAAAAGGUCUUUCAGUGGAAGAUUCUAAUCAGUACUACUUUGAUAAGAAUGAUAUUAUUGAUGGAGACUUACUUUUGGUACACAUCUUGCCAGAUGAAGACGGGAAAUUUGGGUUUAAUCUAAAGGGUGGUAUUGAUCAGAAGAUGCCUCUUAUUGUGUCCAGAAUAAUGCCAGGUUCUCCAUCUGAUAAAUGCACUCCAAAAUUACUUGAAGGUGAUCAGAUAGUAUUAAUCAAUGGCCGGGACAUCUCGGAGCAUACCCACGACCAAGUAGUAAUGUUUAUAAAAGCAAGCAGAGAAUCACACACAAGAGAGCUUGUGCUACUGGUCAGGCGGAAAGUCAUCAAACCAUUUAUUGAUAACAAGUCAGAGGAUGAAACUGAUAGCUUUAACUUCCCAGAAACAAUUCCUCCUGCCUGUUCAGAAUAUGGUCAGACCCUAGAAGAAUCAAUGGAACGACUGAAGAAAGGGCUAGAAAGUGGAACAAUCUUAAUUCAGUUUGAGCAACUUUACAGAAAAAAACCAGGUUUAGCUAUUACCUGUGCAAAGCUACCUCAGAAUAUGGAUAAAAAUCGGUACAAAGAUGUUCUACCUUAUGAUAUUACGCGAGUGGUAUUACAAGGAGAGGAAAAUUAUAUAAAUGCAAAUUAUGUGAAUAUGGAGAUAUAUUCCACUGGCAUUGUAAACAAAUAUAUUGCCACUCAAGGCCCUCUUCCACAUACCUGUGUGCAUUUCUGGCAAGCAGUUUGGGAUCACAAAUUGUCACUAAUUAUCAUGUUGACAACCCUCACAGAACGAGGGCGGACCAAAUGCCAUCCUUAUUGGCCAGAUCCCCCUGCCAUUGUGGAAUUCGGCAACUUUCGUAUCAAGUGUUGCACUGAAGAUUGCACCAUUGCUUACGUCUUCAGAGAAAUUCUUAUUACGAAUAUUGAAACAGAAGAAGAACACACUGUUACUCAUCUCCAGUAUGUGGCAUGGCCUGAUCAUGGUGUCCCCGAUGAUUCCUCAGCCUUUUUGGAAUUUGUGACCUAUAUGAGACCAAAGAGAAUAGAAAAUGAGCCAGUUCUGGUUCACUGCAGUGCUGGAAUAGGCCGGACUGGGGUAUUGGUUGCUAUGGAAACAGCUAUGUGCUUAAUUGAAAAAAAACGACCUGUUUAUCCACUGGAUAUUGUACAGAAAAUGCGAGACCAUCGUCCCAUGAUGGUGCAAACACCGAGUCAGUACAAAUUUGUCUGUGAAGCUAUUCUUCAUGUUUAUAAAGAAGGAAUUGUUCAUCCACUGGAUUCCAGCUAGCGUAACUGUGAAAAAACUAGUUCAUCUAUCUGAAAACACAUCAAUAAAACCCAAGUGGUUUAUGGUUAUAAAUUACACUGGAGCUCACCAAGGCUGUUGGGAACAGAAAGCAAGCUUAUACUCGCACUUUAAAAUUGUGUAGAAAAUGAUUGAACUCUGUAGCUUAUAUAGGCAAGUUUGCAAAGAAAUGGGACAUGGAAUGUACAACCUUGAAAACAAGGAAAUCUUAAUAUACCCACUAUAUACAUCUUUUAUUGCCUUAAAACAUUUUUUAUUAGAAGGAUCUGUACAUCUGGUGCAUACCAUUGCAAACAGGAAAAGAUCAACAGCAAUACCACUGGAAAACAACAGUUGCUGAAAAGCCAUGCCUUUAUUCUGUGGAGAGCUGAGUAUCUCACCAUAGCUCACUAAAAACUGGACUGAAUCGUCCAAUACAAAGUAGUACUGGCAAUAUUUGCUAGCUUCUCAAACAUUUUCAGAGUUGGAAAAUGCUUGACAUGAUUUUUAUAAACCUGUUUGCAUCACUAUUAAAUGUUCGUAAAUGGAGCACAGAUUGCAUAACCCACAAAAAUGUAUGGUUUAUAUCAGAAAUAAUGCAGUCUUGUGUCUUUGUAUGUGCUCUCUGUUAUUCUUUUUCUUCAGGUUUGUUGUUCAAAGUAGGAAAUAAUGUUAUUUUUCAGUUCAGUUUGUGUAAUAUACUUUUCUAAUUGUUUAUACUGGAGAUGGUACCUGAUUUUUGCACCUGGCUGCUGAAGUUUCUUUACUGUGUUUAACCUUAUGUUGGAGAUCUUUACUGCUGAAAUGAAUAACCUAUUGCUGCUAAAUGUAAAAGGGUAUAAAUGUUCAGUUAUUUAAACAUUUUUUUUCGAUCAAGAGUAUCUACCUAACUUUGGUCCAACCUUGCAGCAUCAUUGCUAAUGCAAAGCUUGUGUCAUAUGUUGGGUGAGAUCUCAAAGGUACAUCUUAUAUUGUUAUCGCAUUCUCACUAUCAGCCAUAGCUCCUUCCAUUUGAAAUAUCCUUGAGUGUUCGCCUACAGAUAGUUAUACUAGAAAGAAUGGAAAGACCGCUCCCACAACAGCAAGAGUACUGGCCAGUGGGAGUUGCAGGGAAUCGUCAUUGAGAGAUCUGUGGAAAGUGGCUGCUGAGCAAGAAAGGAGCUAAGGGUUGGAUCUAAACCUGUGAAUGGAAAGUUUAGGGGAUCUUUCUGCCUUCCCUACACAGCUUCCCCCAUUCUUUUGGAUGCUUUUUGCAUCUGAUUUUGCAUGGAUUUAGUAAGGCUGCCACGGAAAGGCUAAAGUGGACAAUUAUGCCUCAGUGGCUCAGUUGUAGUCAUGUAAAUUUUGAUCCAGCCUAUUUGAUUUUGUUCUUCCAGAAGAAUUGUGGUUUGGAUUGCGCAAAACAUGUUUACUCAGAAGUGCUACCACUAUCUUCUUGGGAACGCCUGCCUAGUAAAUGCAUUAAGCCUUAAUUCCUAUAUAAAUCAUUAUACUUGCAGAUUUGGGAUAUUACCUCUGUGUAUGCAAACACUUGUAUAGUUGCAACAUGAAAGUCAAUGGGUGUCGCUGCUGUAGAAGUAGCAAGUAUACUAGGAAGGUAAAAACUCAGCUGACCAUUUUAUUGGUGUGGGUGAGAAGUGGAAAAAAUAUGAGUCAAUGUAAUGCAAGAAUUAAGUUUAUAAUUAUAUUUUGUUUAUUUUCUUUAAGGUGUGUUGGUCUCAGUUCCAUUUCAAAGGAGAGAAUGUAAAUACGCAACCACUGUAUGAUGUUUAAGAUUCUUUCCUCGUGAAUUAUGCUGUAUUAAACAUAAAGAAAAUGUUC